AUGCGACAGACAAGUGCACUGGUGCUCUUGAGCACCAUCCAAGGUGCCGUUGUUGCUGCCAGCUUGCCCCGGGGCGUUGGCCCAGAGUUUGCCAAGUUCUACACAGCAAAGGACACCUUCACCUGCAUCGGGCAUCCAUCCAUAUCCCUUUCCUCCUCACAGAUCAACGACAACAGCUGCGACUGCCCCGAUGGCUCAGAUGAGCCUGGCACGGCUGCUUGCUCCUACCUCGACCCCCUCUCUCCUCCACAGCCGCUCCCGGCCUCCCUGACGGGCACAACCAACACCAGCAACGUUCUCCCCGGCUUCUGGUGUGCCAACGAGGGCCACAUAGGCGCCUAUGUUCCCUUCGCCUUUGUCAAUGACGGCAUUUGCGACUACGAGCUGUGCUGUGACGGCAGCGAGGAGUUUGGCAAGGUCGGCGGCGUCAAGUGCGAGAAUCGCUGCGGGCCCAUUGGAAAGGAAUGGCGCCGCGUGGAGGAGGAGCGGACCAAGAGCAAAGAGCGCGCCGCCAAACGGAGACGCACCCUGGCCAAAGAGGCCAAGGAGCUUCGCCGCAGGGUCGAGGCUAAGAUCACAACGCUCACAGAGGAGAUCAAGACCCUCGAGGUGAAGCGGGAUGACCUGCAGAAAAAGUAUGAGGAGGUAGAGAGAGCCGAGCGAGGCAAGGUCGUCAAAGGCGAGGGCCAAGGUGGCAAGCUCGGUGUGUUGCUGGGCUUGGCUAAGACCCGAGUCAAGGAGCUGCGCGACACCCUGGACAGGGUCCUCGACCAACGGGAUGAUCUUCAGGAUAAGGUCGAGGAGUUGGAGGCCAUCCUCCGCAAGUUUAAGGAGGAGUACAAUCCAAACUUUAACGACGAGGGUGUCAAGGCUGCGGUCAAGGCGUGGGAGGACUAUGCCGCGAAGACAGCUUCGGAGACGCAGGUCGAUGCAGCAGACGCGGAUAUUCUCGAGAUCAUCAAAGAAGACGGUGAGAGCUCAGGCAUCAACUGGAAGGAAUUCGAGGACGAAGAAGUCUCGGAUACCGAUAUAUUGUAUAAUCUCGAGGCUUAUCUUCCUUCAUUCCUUCGAGAGUACAUCCAUGGCAAGCUCACGCUGGCUCGGGUAUGGCUGAUUGAGAACGGAAUUCUCGCUGACAACCCAGCCGGUGGUGCCGAAUCGCGACUUGUUACUGCUGCCCGCGAGGCCCACCAGGCUGUGGUCAACGAGGUUACGUCCAAGCAGCGCACCCUGACCGAGCAGCAGAGUGACCUCGAGAAGGACUACGGAGCGGACGAUAUUUUCAGAGCUCUCAAGGGCAAGUGUGUCUCUACGGACAGCGGCGAGUACGAGUAUGAGCUCUGCUGGCUGGACAAGACUAGCCAGAAGUCCAAGAAAGGCCAUGGCAAUACGAAUAUGGGCAACUUUGUGCGCAUGGAUACAGAGAUGGCCGAUGAUGAAGAGCGUCAAGAUGGCAAGGGCCUCGGCAAAGGCCCUCGGCUUGUGUUGCAUUAUGAGAAUGGUCAGGGCUGCUGGAACGGGCCUAACCGACGGACGGAUGUAUGGCUCGGCUGCGCUGAGACAGAAGAACUAUGGAGGGUCGUCGAGGCAGAGAAGUGUGUGUACAAGAUGGAGGUUGGCACACCAGCAGCUUGCGAGGACGUUCAUGAGCCUGGUGUGAGGACAAAGGACGAGCUGUAA